GAGAUCCUAGAAGCAAUGACACCACAAUAGCAAUGAGCGCACCUAAAGCAUAGAUUUUGGUUUCUAAAUGCUAUUCUCUGCUAAAUGGAAUGAAGGUACCUUGGGAAAGUGGCUGAUUCCAGGGCGGGGGCAGAGAAAGUACAAAAUGGGCCUAGAAUAUCUAGUACCAAAAAAUACGAAAGUGCUCAAGGAUUGAAGGUGACAUGCCAAAGGAAUACAGAGCCAGCUUGAAAGGGCUCCCAUUAGCAGAAUCAGAAAAUUUGAGCAUUGAAAGAAUUCUAGUAAAGGAUUAUAACUUAUUAAUUAAAACAAGAAUCUACAAUUUUUUAGUGAAGUAAAUAAAUAAAUGAAGAAAAAGGAAAGUUCUUCCUUACAGUAGUAAACAAACUAAUAAGUAGAGAAGGAACGGUGGAACUAGAAGAUCGCCAUUUGGCAUCCAUCAUAAUAAUAACUGACUGAGGCAAGAAUCAUCAUCAAUGGAUGUUAAAAUUAAUAAGCAAAUGUCUGAGGAUUAACAGGAUAUUUACAUACUCUCAAAGUAUCUCCCCACAAAAUACUUAUAAAUUACAAGAAGGGGAACAGUAACUUUACAGUGGAAAAACAGACACCUUAACAAAGUGAUCAAAAAUUAGAGCAAAUCAGUAUCAUGUGCCUCAGUAUAAGCAUUUAGAAGGAUACAUCACUUUUGUGAUAUACCUGCACAAUCCCACAAUCUAAUCAUGAGGAAACAUCAGACAAACUGCAAUUGUGAGACAUUUUAUAAAAUUACUAGCCUGUACUCUUCAGAAAUAUCCAUGUCAUGAAAGAUAAAGAAAGGCUGAAAAACAGUUCCAGAUUAAAAAAGACUAAGAAAACAUGACAACUGAAGGCAACACAUGAUCUGGUAUGUUCUUUUACCAUAAAGGACAGUAUUUUGGAAUAAUUGGUAAAGUGUGAAUAAAUUCUCUAGAUUAGAUACUCAAUUUCCAAAUGACGCAGACAUUGUAGAACUACUACUAUUAAAAUGUUUGGGCCCAACUAUUUAACAAAUUGAACCAUAAUUCUUUUGGCCUAGUGGUAUUAUGCAAAAAUUAGCAAGACACUUAGGGUUCAAUGUCUGAUAGCUAUCACUGCUUUUGCCUUGAAAAUUUAAAGUAUCCCACAAUGAAUGUCUCUGAGAGUUGGCUUUGUCUCUCCAGCGUGCAGAGUUUGGAAUGAAAUUAAUAGUAUCGUAUCAAUGUCAAUGUUGUGAUUUUGAUGACUAUACUGUGGUUAUACAAAAGAAAAAGUGAUGGUUUUAUUAAAUGACUUCUUGUGUUUUGGCCAGUGUUUUAUGAAGGGGGAAUAAGUAUUUCAUGUCAUUAUUCAGUAAGUAUUUACUGAACACUUGCAAUGUGCCAGAAAGCUGCUAGGCCCUGGGGAUUCCAUGGUGGAUUAGAUAAAGAAGUACCUUCUCCUAUGAUCCUUAAAGCAUAGUCCUAGUUUCAUGUUUAUCUAUCUAUACACAUACACACGUAUAUGUAAAAUUUUUAAUCUGGAUCUGGUUCAUCUACUCUCAACCUUGGCUGCAUGUUAAAAUCACCUUGGAAGCUUUUUUAAAAGUACAGAUGCCUGGCCCCAGCCCCCAGAGAUUCUGAUUUAAUUGGUCGGAUGUGGGCUGGACUUCUGUAUUUUUUUAAAAAAACUCCCCUGUAAUUUUAAUGUGCUGUUAAGGUUGAGAACCACUCAUACAGCCCACUUCCAGAAUGUGUUGGGAUUACCAAAAAUCUCUAAAGAUAUAGCACCAGUCAAGUUUGAUUUCUAUUCAGUUUUGGAGGAUAUGUGCCUUCACCAUAUAGGUGAUGCUCAGAAUCUGUAAGUUUCAUAAAUCAGUGUCUUUUUUACAUUCCAUAUUGUUCAAUGGCAGCAGAAAUGGGCAGAUAUUUAACUCUAUAUUCUUUUACAUCUUUUUUGGGAGUGAAAUAUUCUGAUUCAUAUAUAUAUAGUUGGAAACCCUGAUGGCAUAGUGGUUAAGACCUAAGCUGCUAACCAAAAGGUAGGCAGUUUGAAUCCACUAGGCAAAGGGUUAUUGAAAUAAAUGUGCAAAUGGAAGCAAAACUGUUUAUUCCAUGGUGGUGGUGGUGGUGAUUGUCCUUCCACUGGACAGAAUUCUUUAAUUUGCAUGUCAAUAAACAAGAAUUACUUUCUAUUGCUAUCAGUUAUCUACAAUUUACAGAGUUGUAAAAGAUUCCUUGGAAAUCAGACUCAACCUUGAAUGCUGUUUAGGCAAUGCAAAAAUUUUUCCCUAUACUUGUUAAGAUAUAGAGUAGGCAGGAAUAGUCUUGGAUAACAACUGGAAUAUACCAGUCAUAGGUUAGCUUUCCAAUUCAAAGAGCACGAGACUAAGGAAAUUUUUUCUUCUACCCAUCUUUCAGGCAAAUUAGAUACUUCUUUGGUUCACAGCACUAAAUUGGCUCAUACCUGGAGAAGCUAAAGAGCUCACUCAAUGGCCACCAAAACCAAAACUAUUCCCUUUGCCGUCCAGUGAUUCCAACCCGUGGCGAUCCCAUGUGUUACAGAGUAGAACUGAGAUCCAUAGGAUUUUGUGGGAUGUAAUCUUUACAGAAGCAAAUAAAUCACCAGAUCUUUCUUCUGGGUCACAGCUGGGUGGGUUCAAACCGCCAACCUUUUCGGUAAUAGUCGAGCACAAACUAUUUUUUGCCACCAUUGGGCAGAAACAACCCCCAGGGCAGCCUGGAAGUAAACCUACACUUUCAAAAGGGCACCCCGCAGUUGAAUUGUGUAUUUGGCCCUGUUUGAUAGUGGGGAGGGAGUGGCCGCAUGGACGGACACCAUUCACAAAUGAAUCUGAACCAAGAGCCAUACUUCUGCCUGUUCCCCUUCCUUGUAUUUGUCCUAGGCUGGGCUCUUUUGCUAGAAAUGAUUCUUCCUUUAAAAAGUCACAGCCCAGAAUCUGGAGUCAGAACUGGGUUUGUGUUAGGCUCAACCAUUUACAAGCUUGUUUCUUCUGAAAAAUGGGUUUAAGGAUAAUGCUUAACUGCCUAGGUUAUUGCGAAAUUAAAAAAGAUAAGCUGUGUGAAAACACUUUGUAAAUCGUAAAAAGUUAUUAGAAACUGCUCGUCUUCCAGGAUGCCAGGGUGCAAAGUUCACCGCUGGGAAAGACAUCGGGCCUGGGCCCGUUUCAAACGUCUACCGAGCUUCCACGGUUCCUCUCCGCCGGCUCCGCCCCCUCUACACAGUCCCGGAGCCGGGUCAGAGCCGGCAGGGGCUCCGGCGCACGGCCGCUCCGGCCCGUUUUCGCGGCCUGAGGGGGUGGAAGUCCCGCUGCAGGGCGGGGCAACCCUCGGUCGUUCAGUUCCUGAUUUUGUAAGUGGUGCCGGGGGCUGGCGGCGCCACAGCAGCAGAAGCUGUGGAGAGCGAAGGAUGGGCCCACGCCGCGCGGCAAGGCCGCUCCUCCCCGCCGUCCUGCGGCCGCCACUGCUGCUGCUUCUGCUGCCGCCGCUGUCAUGCUCGGGCGCCGGGGUCGGCCGGCCGCCCCACCUCGUCUUUUUGCUGGCGGACGACCUGGGCUGGAACGACGUGGGCUUCCACGGCUCGAGCAUCCUCACGCCGCACCUGGACGCCCUGGCAGCCGGCGGGGUGCUGCUGGACAACUACUACAUACAGCCGCUGUGCACGCCAUCGCGGAGCCAGCUGCUCACCGGCCGCUACCAGAUCCAUACAGGUUUACAGCACCAAAUAAUCUGGCCCUGUCAGCCCAGCUGUGUUCCCCUGGAUGAAAAACUCCUGCCCCAGCUUCUAAAAGAAGCAGGCUAUACUACCCACAUGGUCGGAAAAUGGCACCUGGGAAUGUACCGGAAAGAAUGCCUUCCAACCCGCCGAGGAUUUGAUACCUACUUUGGAUAUCUCCUAGGUAGUGAAGAUUACUAUUCCCAUGAGCGUUGCACAUUAAUUGAUGCCCUGAAUGUCACACGAUGUGCUCUUGAUUUUCGAGAUGGUGAAGAAGUUGCAGCUGGAUAUAAAAAUAUGUAUUCAACAAAUGUAUUUACUGAGAGGGCUACAGCCCUCAUAGCUAACCAUCCACCAGAGAAGCCUCUGUUUCUCUACCUUGCUCUCCAGUCUGUCCACGAACCGCUUCAGGUCCCUGAAGAAUAUUUGAAGCCCUAUGACUUUAUCCAAGAUAAGAACAGGCGUCACUAUGCAGCAAUGGUGUCCCUUAUGGAUGAAGCAGUGGGAAAUGUCACCGCAGCCUUAAAAAACCAUGGGCUCUGGGACAACACGAUAUUCAUCUUCUCCACAGAUAACGGAGGGCAGACUUUGGCUGGAGGCAAUAACUGGCCCCUUCGAGGAAGAAAAUGGAGCCUGUGGGAAGGCGGUGUUCGAGGGGUGGGCUUUGUGGUAAGCCCCUUGCUGAAACAGAAGGGUGUGAAGAACCGGGAGCUGAUCCACAUUUCUGAUUGGCUGCCAACUCUGGUGAAGCUGGCUGGGGGACACACAAAUGGCACCAAGCCCCUGGAUGGCUUUGACGUGUGGAAAACCAUCAGUGAAGGAAGCCCAUCCCCCAGAGUGGAGCUGCUGCAUAACAUCGACCCGAACUUUGUAGAUAUAUCACCAUGUCCUGGGAACAGCGUGGUUCCAGCAAAGGGUGAUUCUUCUUUCCCAGAAUACUCAGCCUUCAACACAUCUUUCCAUGCUGCGAUUAGACACGGGAACUGGAAACUCCUGACGGGCUACCCAGGUUGUGGUCACUGGUUCCCACCACCGUCUCAAUCCAGUGUUUCUGAGAUACCAUCAUUGGACCCACCAACCAAAACUCUCUGGCUCUUUGAUAUUGAUCAGGACCCUGAAGAAAGACAUGACCUGUCGAGAGAAUAUCCCCAUAUCAUCAAGCAGCUCCUUUCCCGGCUGCAGUUCUACCACAGACACUCAGUGCCUGUGUUCUACCCUGCUCAGGACCCCCGCUGUGACCCAGCGGGCACUGGGGCAUGGGGCCCGUGGAUGUAGGCUUUCUGGCAUUUGGGGGAGACUAGAAAACUUUUCUGUUGCAAGCUGGACCUCACGCCUUCACUCAUGUUACUCUCAUCUCAUUUGUUCUCCCAACCUGAUUUCACCUGGUCCGUCUCUUGCUCCUAAACAGGGCUUCAAACCAGUUUGCACUCCUUCUGAGAAUUUUCAUUUCUAACAAGUACCAGGAGAUACUAAUGCUGCUGGUUAGGAAGUAGGGACCAAUUCUGAGAGUUAAUGUUGUUGCUUAGGGAGUAGGGACCAAUUCUGAGAACCACUAGUAGAGCAGCGGGUCGCAAAAUUUAUUAUACAUAAGA